AUGUUCACUUUACCAAGGCCAUCAUUGCCAGCGUUUCUUCGCGCGCGUGAUGCGCCACACUUCAAAGUCGACUUGCCUUCCGUAGAGGUCCACGAUAUCGAAACUUCGGCGGAAAAGCGACCGCGAACACUCAAGCACCUGCUCAAGGCUAACCACGCCAACUACUCGAUCAUAUACCACGACCUCAGAUUCCACAACCAUACGCCACACAUACUGGGAUCAGCUUACCUCCUCGGAGGCACAACAGAGCAUCUGAACGACAUAUAUGAGAAGGAGGCUGCACAACUGGAGCCCUGGCAUGAUGCUCCUGCUAGGUAUCAACGUGCCUUUAUCGACUUCUUCGAGGACCAACUUGUGAGCAAGAAGUAUGACGUCAAGGAAGUCAUUAAUGAAUUCCUCCUCAGAGGCAAAGAGCCGAUGAUCAAUGGCAUAAUCUCAGGCCUGGCGCAUCCUCUUAUCCAUCUCGGCUACGCUUACGAGCUCAAUUCGAAAACCGUUGCUAUCGAGGCCCUGGCCAUGGGCUCGUGCUUCUAUGGUUCUCUCCACAAAUACAUCGACGACCCGAAAUACACAAAGCCCAGCCCCCACGCUGCGGCGGGACGCCAGACAGGGCUCCUGGUUUUGCUUGACAAGGUUCGCGAGGACAAGCGCUUCGAUGGCCUAUACGAUCACCGAAGCGGCGAUAUAACCAAGGUGCUGGAGGAGCGCGAAGAAGCCUUCUUAGAGUACUGGAAUGCCUGGGAGAUCACCAGUCCGAAUGAACAGUUCCAAGCUGCCCAGGAAGUUGGUUUAGGCCUUCUUACAGGCACACCGGCACCUGAGAAGGGAAAGUACGAUUUCUUUCUCGUACAUGUACUGACAAGUUCGCAUGCAAUUCGCAUCCUCCUUCCAUUGAUCCCGUCGAAAUUCCAUGUCAGCCUGUUGCGCCAGUGGUGGCUAUUUGCACUUGGUGUAUUCAUUGCACAAAUGAGACCGGAGAUUGAUAUGGAAAGUGUGAUCCCUGGUGAUGGUAGUGAGAAGACUUGGAAACAUGUUGUAGACAAGGCAUUGAACGGACCACAUUCAACUGACGCGCAUUACGUCAAAGCAUUGCGAGCUUUAAAAGUAGCUGAAGAGACGUGGGGACGAUCAGAAGCUGGGUCGAGUCAUUGGCUCAACGCUGCAGUCAAGUUUGCUGAUGGCUUCGAGGGCUGGGGAGGCUUUGGCACAGCAGAAGACGAAGCAAGGAUGGGGUAUCCCGAGAAGCAGUAA